AUGGGGCGGCGGGCCGGAGCCGGGCUGCUGCUGCUGCUGCUGUGGGCCGCGCGCGGUGGGCAUGUGCUGACGUCUUAUGGGCAGCAAAGAUACACAUCGAUUGUCGACGUGGCCAACGGUGGUACCUGGGGUGACUGGGCCUGGCCGGAGAUGUGUCCUACCGGGUACUUUGCCAGCGGAUUCUCCAUCAAGGUGGAGCCCCCUCAAGGCUUCCCCGGAGACGACACGGCUCUGAACGGGAUCCGGCUGCACUGCACGCGAGGGAACCCGCAGCAGAACACUCACGUCGUGGAGUCCCAGUCUGGAAGGUGGGACUUAGCCCCCCCAAAGGCGGGAUAGCGCA